AUGAAAUCAAUCUCGAACUACCCCGGAGCGGUCGGCGAGUGCGGGAACAGGGAGGGAACUUUUACUACAGGAGAACUAAAUUUGGUCCGGGUAAGAAGAUGUAGCGGCUCUGCAGGCAGCGGGCUCGCCUCGCGGCGGCGCGCGCUCCCCGUCGUCUGCCCACGGCUCAGUCGCGCGGCGUCGGCCGCCUCGCUCGCUACGGUGUCGUACACGACGUUACAGCCUGUGAUUGAUCUUGUGACAAGUGUCGAGAUAUGG